AUGCUUCUAGGCUAUGUCUAUCUUAACAGAUCCUUUGCAAUCACCCUCACAGAAAAUGCCGUUUUCGAGCCCGUAUGUACGAGUCAACCAACCGAUACCCGGCAGCCAUCACCCCUCCUUGACACCCGCGAUCCCUUCUACUCUUCCGUCACUCCGCAGUUAUACGCUAUCGGCUGCGCAACUGUCGUGAGCUAUCUCCUCGUCAUAAUACUACUCAUCACACCACGAACGUUCUAUGUUGGAGGUCCCGGUGGCGGCGCCAAUUUCUUGGGCCGCCAUGGCAUGAUCAGCGGAUCCUAUAGCGGCAAUUCCUCGGUGGUUGGCGUGGGUGGAAGACCGUGGCUACAGAAAGUAGCUGCGAUACUGGUGGCGGUAUCGUUGACUAUCGCGUCCGCGGACUCGUUCAGGGUCGCUGAGCGGCAGUAUAACUACGGUUAUUCCGAUGCCGAAGCGCUCACCGAGGAGGUUAUCGAUGGCACAGAGAUCCGCGUGGUCAGAGUUAUAUCAAGCACGUUUCUAUGGCUGGCUCAGGUGCAGACGCUGAUACGGCUAUUCCCGCGACAUAAGGAGAAGAUCAUGAUCAAAUGGGCCGGGUUCGCGUUGAUUGUCUUGGACACGAUAUUUAGCAUUCUGGAUAAGUUUCUUGUCAAGACCAAUACCACGCGGCCCCGACUCUACGACGAUGCGAUUCCCGCGCUCAGCUAUCUGUUUGAGCUCGCGCUCAACCUUCUAUACGCCGCCUGGGUCAUCUUCUAUUCACUAUCCAAACACCGAUAUGCCUUCUUUCACCCCAAGAUGAGGAAUAUCUGCUUGGUCGCACUUUUAUCUUUGUGUGCUGUUCUCAUACCCGUCAUUUUCUUCGUUCUGGACAUCGCCAAAGAAGAGAUUGCCGGUUGGGGUACCUACAUACGAUGGGUUGGGUCAGCUGCUGCGAGUGUUGUGGUCUGGGAGUGGGUGGAACGAAUUGAAGCACUGGAACGGGACGAAAGGAAGGAUGGCAUUCUCGGGAGGGAGUUAUUCGACGGAGAUGAAAUGCUGGAAGUCACACCAUCGGAAGAGGUCGACUGGCCUCGCCAGACCUACGGUGGAGGCGACCGGGGCGGGGGAAGCGGUACGUCCUCGGGAUGGGGAGGUGUCAUGGGGUUGACACAUCGCCCUCUGCGCACAAGGGUCGGUCUACCCCGUGGCAACCGCAAGCCGGACAAGCAACGCAAAACAGUUGGUUCCGAUGUGCGACGUCAUGGAGCUGGCCGCCCGACACCACCCCCGGCGGCUGCUACUCCAGUUAGUCGCGCGGAUACCACAAGUGCAGCCAGCACCGUGUAUAAUGUCCAUUAUCACCCAGUGUCUAGCCCGACGCCUCCUGUCGUUAUGCCUCAUAUGGAGGAGGAAGAGGAAUACGAGACAGACCAGCUGAAAGAAAUGGCCAUGAGAACCGACGAAGGAGAAGCUGACGUCGCGCAGCCGCGUCUUUCAGCGCAGCAGACCCGCGAGGAGUCACCUCAGAUCGUCAAUAUGGACGGCCGUUGGCGAACGAUCCUUAACCCCUUCAAGAAGAGACAUGCCUCUCUGCCCAGAGAAGUUGCCUCAGCACAGGCAGACGAGGAUCCUUCGACUGCGCAGGAAGAUUUGUAUGGCGACGAAAGUGACAGGCAGCGUACUGCAUGCAGUAAACAGGGAAAUUUGUUCCCAUUCAAUUUCAGGAUCAUGCCCGGCUCUGAUAGGCGAGACGCAGAGGCUUCCCUACCAGUGACCGUCAUUCCUGCCAGACGCCGGGGCCAGAAUACAUGGUCUCCGCAAUGGUUGAACGACGCAAACAUACUGGAGCCGACGCCCAAUCGUGUCGUUCGUUCCGACCGCUCCAAUCUGCCCGUGAGGGUGAUCCAGCCGCAGACUCGAACUGCCGCUCCGUGGAGUAUGCCUGAGGGGGAUUCGAUUCUCGGCAAUGGCAACUAUGAACUGCGCUACGAUCCGGAGACAGCAGCGCUUAUCGUGCCUGAUGACCAUCAUGCACAGCAACAAGCUGCUGCAGCGAACACGGCCCACCAUGGAGACGGUCAGCCUGUUGGUGAGGCAACCGGUGGACCUGCGGGACAUGAUGCUCCUGAUGCUCUGCACGAGUAUCAAAAUAGCGCUCCACCUGACCAGCCUCCAUCGUCGGCGACGUCACCACAGGAUCAGCAACGGUCUCCGACUCAUCAGAGCCCUGGGGUUGAUCCCAGUCGAGACCACACAUGA